GCAUACAGAGGCAGCGUUAGACCUUAUGUCAACUUCAACGCCAAACACGAUGCUGAAGUUCUGCACAAGGCCAUGAAAGGAAUCGGUACGGAUGAAGAUACUAUCCUCAUGCUUCUGACGGCGCGCAGCAACGAUCAGCGCCAGCAAAUUAAGGCAGCGUACAAGAAGGCGUACGGAAAGGACUUAGUGAGUGCGCUGAAGUCUGAACUCGGUGGGCUGUUUGAGAGUCUGAUUGUGGCCUUGAUGACCCCACCUGUCUCAUAUGAUGCUUCGAAGCUGCACAAGGCUCUCAAGGGCGCCGGAACUGAUGAUGAAGUGCUGAUUGAGAUCCUGGCCUCCAGGACUGGUGAACAGAUUAAAGACAUCAUCAAAGUGUACAAGAAAGAGUUUGGUGGCAAGCUGGAGAAAGAUAUCUGCGGUGACACCUCAGGGCACUAUCAGAAGCUGCUGGUGAUUCUGCUGCAGGGGAACAGGGAAGAGGGGGUAGAUGAAGAAAAGAUUGAGAAAGAUGCUAAGGACUUGUAUGCCGCUGGUGAGGGCAAGUUUGGCACAGAUGAGGAAAAAUUCAUCACAAUUCUUGGCAACAGGAGCGCAGAGCAUCUCAGAAAAGUAUUUGAUGCCUACAAAAAGCUCUCUGGCUCUGAUAUAGAGGACAGCAUUAAAGGCGAGACCACUGGGAAUCUGGAGAACUUACUGGUAGCUGUUGUGAAAUGUGCCAGAAGUGUCCCAGAGUUUUUUGCUGAGGGCCUUUAUAAAUCUAUGAGGCGAGCUGGUACUGAUGACGACACCCUGAUGAGGAUAAUGGUGUCGAGGUCGGAGGUGGACAUGUUGGACAUCAGAGCCAGCUUCAAAAAGAUGUACGGAGCGUCUCUCUACACCACCAUCCAGGAGGACACAGCUGGAGACUACCAGAAGGCUUUACUCUACCUCUGCGGUGGGAAUGAUUAA